ACCUCAGCCGGACUCUGGCUAAUUUUAAUCUCAACCACGGGCACUGCUAGUCAUGUCAACAAGAGUAUUAAUAAUAUCAACGUCCCAAGCUGGUCCCUGCUUGUUAGAUAUAGUAUCUGGCCACAGCUGGCAGCACAGUUGGUGUGCAAGCAAAUAAAUGCACUCAGGAGGGUUGGGUUCGGUCUCACCCAUUUAUUAAUAAACACAAACACGGUCUCCCUGUUAUCUUAGCGCCACGCAGCAUUAGAAGCGGCCGCUGCUUCAAGAAGAGGUACUUAAUGGAAGCCACAGACCCAGCAGACUCCAUCACAGAGACAGACAUCAUGGAAGAACUAGGGAACCGCUUCCAAACGUGCAUUGACGCGGUGGAUCGGCUCGUAGCUCAGAGGGAGAUUCUGGCUCAUGAGAUCAUCGUACUCCAGGAGCCGAUGCUCCAGGAGAUGAGAGCGCUGCACGGGGAGCUGACUGCUGCCUGGAAACAGAAAGCCAAGGCAGAGCUGGAGUACCACAGCCUGAGAGAAGAGGUACGCCUGGUCAAGUGGAGUCUUUUCAAGACUACAAGAGAGCACGUGCAGUGCCAGUGCAUGCUGGAGAACCAGCGCCACGAUGUGGCCCAGUUCUCAAUAACCCAGGAGGAGCUCCAGAACCAAGUCUGCUCUCUAUCUGAGGAGAUUUCUCAGCUCAAGGCUGCCCAGCAGCAGCGCCUAGACCAGUUCAGGCAAAAACUAGAAAGCUCUCGCAGGCCCAGAGGAAGCCUGGACCUGACAGACUGUCGCAGGUUGUCUCUGGACUUUGAAAGCUCCCUGAAGGAAGGCAGGAGGAGCGUGGAGGAGUUUUACGAUCCCAGGGUCGUCAGCCUCUUGAAACAGAGGCAGGCCAGCAUGGAAGAUCUGCGACAGACACGUGAGCAAGCCAAGAACCUCAAGGACAAACUGGGGCCCCUCAAGAGAGAGGUGGAAGGGCUGAGUCUGCAGAGGAAAUGCCUUGAAGAACGGGUGACGCUCAUUCAGAGAAAUAGGGACGAGGAUGUCUUGCAGUAUCGGGAAACAUUGGAAAGACUGGAAGACAGCAUCAGGGAACUGAAAAUUGAAGUGCAACUGCAGGAGAGAAAAAAGAAAGAGAUGGAAACCUUGAAGAACAGCCUUUCACAAGAGCUUACAGUUUACAAAGGCUGCAUUGAAGUUUAUGAAAAUAUUUUUACUGCCACAGAGAAGCCAAAAGACACAAAAAAAGAACUUUCCUGAGAAGCUAACUCUAAAAUCCCUGAAGAUCUAUCUACCUAUGCCUACUUCUAUAAGCAUUUAGGAAAAUAGUCUAAUAAGCCAUUUAGAUUUUGUAGCGUCCUCCCCCAUGACCAGCUUACACCAACUGCAAAAAGGUAAAUAUCAAUGUUAGUCUUGUAUGCAAUAUUACAGUACCAAGUUUCUGUACCAAUCCCAUACAGAAGCAAAGAGUAUAAUUUGUUGUUAGUAAGUGUCACAACAAAAUAAAUACAAAAAAAAAAAACAAUUUAUUAAUUCUGAUGCACUUUAUACAAUUAGUUAAAGACGAUAGACAGAGUGCAUAAAAAAAGAUCACAAUAUUUAUUAUUAAAAUAUAAAAAACUGACAAUUCAAGAGACAAUACCAACAGGAGCAGCUGCAGGAAGGCUUGAUCCACCAAGACACAAAGCUAAUAAACAUGGUAUUUGGAAUGGGACAGUCCAAUUAUACAAGGUCUGCGACGAGAUAAAUAGCAACUGUAAAGUAGGAUUUACAAAUUGAAAAUAAUUAUCUGGCUUCGGAUGCGCUAGGUUCAAAAGUAAAAUUGCGAGCGGUUAAAGGCUUGAAAAUUCAGAAUCUCCUGUUCAACUUCUCUUCAAAUUUUUUUUUUUUUUCUUCUUAAAACUGAGAAAUACAACUUAGUUUGACUGGUAAACCUCUUAACCAGUAAUGCAAGAACUUAAAACAGUUCUUUAAAAACAAGGUGAUUGGGGAGAUGGAUAUAGCAGAAUGAGCACAUCCGAACCCACUCAAACACCAUUCCCUACAAGGUAGCUAUAAAGGCUGGUGAUUUCACUCUCCUGAAAACAUGCCUCUUUACAGUUCUAUUCUCUCAACAUAAGCAAAAAGCAAUAGAAAAUGCUUUACAUCUAUACAAGACAUAGAUCGGUGCAAAGCUUGCUUUUUUCUUUAUUUAAAAAAAAAAAAAAAAAGCACCAUCUUCUCGUUGGUUAGUUUACAAAACAUGCCACUGAAAAAAUUGAUCCAAUAAACAUCAGGAAUUACUUCUUUAUCAGACAGAGUGUCGAACUGGGUAUUCCACCACUGGCUGUAUACGACACUUUAAAAAGAUAGAAUACAGCCUUAACUGCUCCAGUUUUACAAAUGGCCCACCUGAAGGGUGUUCCAAUAAGGGUUACUUGUGGGGCACAUAUGGCUUUAAAGAAAGUAUAGGUACCUCUGGAUUGGGGCAUCGCAAGUCAGUCACCUGUCAGGUAAUGCUAAAUGAACAUCACUGCAUCAACUCCUCCCCCACUUAGAACUAAAGUGAUUCAUUUGGAGAAGUAGAAAAUGUUGCCCUACUUAAAUAGAUUUUUGUACACCCCUUGUGUUGGGGCGAUUGUUUAUGUAACUGUUAAGAAAUUGCACAGUUAAUACAAUACAGGCACCCACUCCAUAACGGCAGUGUUUUUUGUAUAAGAUUUUGCCAAUAAAUCGUCCAUCUUGGUACUACCUUCA